AUGCUGGCACCGGCACCGGCACUGUACCAGGCGCCGGUGGAGGAGGGCAAGGUGGAGAGCAGGAAGACCAGGGAUGGCCUUCGUUCCGGAGGUAAAUUAGACACCGGGUCCGGAGAAAUCAACGUUUCUUCGCCCGAAGACAAAGGCGAAGGAGAAGCAAGCAUCCCUUCUCCAUGUAGGAAGAAAAGGGCCGCCUCCAAAGGUUGGGAGGAACUGACUCCCAAGAGAGGCAAGAUGCCAUCGUCGGGCGGCUUGGGAUUGGAAGGCGAUGUCGUUGCACAGUUCCGCCGUGAGGACAAGCCUUCGUCCAAAUCGUGUUCCGCCCUGCGCCUCGUGCCCCGCGCCACGCGCUUGGCUGCCCUGCCCGCCUCGCCCCAUGCCCUGCCGCUCCGCCCUGCCCGCGCCGCCCCCGCCUCGCCCCGCCCCACGCCCUGCCGCUCCGCCCCCGCCUCGCCCCGCCCCACGCCCUGCCUCUCCGCCCUGCCCGCGCCCCAGCCCGCCCCCGCCUCGCCCCGCACCCGCCGCGCCGCGCCCGCCUCGCCGCCGGCCACCCUGCCGUCUCGCCCCGGCCCACUCGCGCCCCCACGCCCAGCCCUGCCACGCUACGCCCCGCCCGCCACACGCCCGCGCCCUGCCGCCCCGCCACGCGCCCGUGCUACCCGGAGCCGCCGCGCCGCGCUCCUGCUGCCCGCCCAAGCCCACGAGCUCCUGCCGCCCGCGCGUUGGGGCGCUUGGCCUGGCGCGGCGGCGCUACUCAACCCCGGCAGUAGCAGCUCUGGUUUGGCACGGGCAAAGCCCUCCCCCGCCGACACCUCGUCGUACCCGACCGCCCGCCGCUACUCCCGGCAGCCCGGCGAGCCUCCCCACGUCGUCGUCGCCAGCGCCCCCGUGCUGGCCCGCAAGCAUCACCACCGGUCGCCGCCCCUGCAACACGCCCCUGUCGCUAGCGCCGCGGCUCCCUUGGCCGCGCCCGGCCGGCGCCUGCCAGCGCGCGUUCGCCCAAGCCGCCUCCUCGCCGGAGAGGGACGUAUCCCGGAGGCCACGUCACGGAUCCGGCCUCCCUCGCCUUGCUGCCCUUCGCCGGACCUCGACUGCCUCCUCGCCGGACCUCGUGUCUUCGCCCUCUUCCCCGCCGGCCGCCAGCAAGCCUCGGCGCCCCAUCUCCCCAUCAACGCCGGUGAGGCCCCCCGGCCUCUCCUCCUCUCUCUGCCCUCGCACACGACCGCGGCCAUCACGCCCCGGGCCGCGACCAAGCUCGUCGCCCGCGUCGUCCCGCUGCCCACGCUCUCUAGCCUUGCCCUCCUCGACGCUGCUCCGCCCGGUCACCGCGACCCCAUCCCGCCCGGCGUGUCACCUCGCGUGCUCGCACCCGUGCUGUGGCCGGCUACCGCGUGCUGCUGCUCCUGCGGCUGCGCCGCCCCGCUUCUCGCGUCCACCACCGUGCCACCGCCCCCGCCUCACCCGCCUGCUCCCCUCGCCGUGCUGGCCUCGCCCACGCCGGCCUGGUGA